GAUUGUGAGUGACUUCAUACUCGAAAUACCAGAUCCAUAAAAACAACAGAAGAUUCAACUACUGAAAUGAAAAGACAAAAUCAAAGCUCUGUGGUUGAAUUCAUCCUCCUGGGCUUUACUAACUUUCCUGAACUCCAGGAGCAUCUCUUUGGGGUCUUCUUGGUUAUUUAUGUGGUGACCCUGAUGGGAAAUGCCAUCAUUAUAGUAAUCAUCUCUUUAAACAAGAGUCUCCACGUUCCCAUGUACCUGUUCCUGCUGAACUUAUCUGUGGUGGAGGUGAGUUUCAGUGCAGUCAUUAUGCCUGAAAUGCUGGUGGUGCUCUCCACUGAGAAAACCAUGAUUUCUUUUAUGGGCUGUUUUGCACAGAUGUAUUUCAUCCUUCUUUUUGGUGGGGCUGAAUGUUUUCUCCUGGGAGCAAUGGCUUAUGACCGAUUUGCUGCAAUUUGCCAUCCUCUGAACUACCCGGUGAUUAUGAACAGAGGGGUUUUUAUGAAAUUAGUAAUGUUCUCGUGGAUCUCAGGGAUCAUGGUGGCUACUGUGCAGACCACUUGGAUAUUUAGUUUUCCGUUUUGUGGCCCCAGUGAAAUUAAUCAUCUCUUCUGUGAGACUCCCCCAGUACUAGAACUUGUAUGUGCAGACACCUUCUUAUUUGAAAUCUAUGCCUUUACAGGCACCAUUUUGAUUGUUAUGGUUCCUUUCUUGUUGAUCCUCUUGUCUUACAUUCGAGUCCUGUUUGCCAUCCUAAAGAUGCCCUCAACUACUGGGAGACAAAAGGCCUUUUCCACCUGUGCCUCUCACCUCACAUCUGUGACCCUGUUCUAUGGCACAGCCAGUAUGACUUAUUUACAACCCAAAUCUGGCUACUCACCAGAAGCCAAGAAACUGAUGUCACUGGCUUACACGUUGCUUACUCCUCUGCUCAAUCCGCUCAUCUACAGCUUAAGAAACAGUGAGAUGAAAAGGGCUUUGAUAAAACUAUGGCAAAGAAAAGUGGUUUUACACACAGUCUGAUUGUGUUGGGAAGCUGUGUAAGAUUUGGCCACUGCCUGAGCAAACUCUGUUUAAAUUUAAUAAAGAGUGAAAACAGGUUGCAUU